AUGGGUCAAGGACCAUCCGGUGGUUUGAAUCGGCAAGGAGAUCGGAAACCAGACGGUGGUGACAAAAAGGAGAAGAAAUUCGAACCAGCCGCACCACCUGCUCGUGUCGGUAGGAAGCAACGGAAGCAAAAAGGACCCGAAGCUGCAGCUAGAUUACCAACGGUGACUCCUUCUACUAAAUGUAAGCUUCGAUUGCUUAAAAUGGAGAGAAUCAAAGACUAUUUGCUUAUGGAAGAAGAGUUCGUAGCGAAUCAAGAGAGAUUGAAACCUCAAGAAGAGAAAGCUGAAGAAGAUAGAUCUAAAGUUGAUGAUCUUCGUGGUACACCAAUGAGUGUUGGGAAUUUAGAAGAGCUUAUUGAUGAGAAUCAUGCGAUUGUUUCUUCUUCGGUUGGUCCUGAGUAUUACGUUGGGAUAUUGUCUUUUGUUGAUAAAGAUCAGCUUGAACCUGGAUGCUCAAUUUUGAUGCAUAACAAGAUACUAUCUGUUGUUGGGAUUCUUCAAGAUGAAGUUGAUCCAAUGGUGUCUGUGAUGAAAGUUGAGAAGGCUCCUUUGGAGUCAUAUGCUGAUAUUGGAGGUUUAGAAGCUCAGAUUCAGGAGAUUAAGGAAGCAGUUGAGCUUCCUUUGACUCAUCCCGAGUUGUAUGAAGAUAUCGGUAUUAAACCACCGAAAGGUGUGAUCUUGUAUGGCGAGCCUGGUACUGGAAAGACAUUGCUUGCUAAGGCAGUGGCAAAUUCUACAUCAGCUACUUUCUUGCGUGUUGUUGGUAGUGAACUGAUUCAAAAGUAUUUGGGAGAUGGUCCCAAGCUUGUGAGGGAGCUUUUCAGGGUUGCGGAUGACCUUUCACCAUCUAUUGUUUUCAUAGACGAGAUUGAUGCCGUUGGUACUAAGCGGUAUGAUGCGAACUCAGGUGGAGAACGGGAAAUCCAAAGAACUAUGUUGGAACUACUGAACCAGCUCGAUGGAUUUGAUUCUAGAGGGGAUGUUAAGGUGAUCCUCGCGACAAACAGAAUCGAAAGUCUAGAUCCGGCACUUCUUAGACCAGGCCGGAUCGAUAGGAAGAUCGAGUUCCCUCUUCCAGACAUCAAAACAAGGAGACGUAUCUUCCAGAUACACACAUCGAAGAUGACUUUGUCUGAAGAUGUGAAUCUAGAAGAGUUUGUAAUGACGAAAGACGAGUUCUCAGGCGCUGAUAUAAAGGCGAUAUGCACAGAGGCUGGUCUGCUUGCUCUCAGAGAGCGUCGAAUGAAAGUGACGCAUCCCGACUUCAAGAAGGCGAAAGAGAAGGUUAUGUUCAAGAAGAAAGAAGGAGUUCCUGAAGGUCUUUACAUGUGA